AUGGCAGCUCCUACGCAACUUGCUUACCGCACGCUCAAGGGCAUUGGUAUCAUGGAUGCCGCGCCCGUCUACCAGCCUCUCUCGGGAUUCGAGAGACCAGAGGGUAACCUCCGCUGUAGCGCCUACUCGCCAUGUGGCCGGUAUUACGCCUGGGCCUCGCCUGAGAAGGUCACCAUCGUCGACCCCUCCGUCGGCCAUGUCGUCGGGACCAUCCCGGCUGAUAACGUGUUCGAGCUGGGUUUCUCCCCGCUCGGUACCUACGUGAUCACCUGGCAGCGUACGUCUAAGGAUGCGAACGGAGACGCCGUCAAGAACUUGAAGGUGUGGCGUGCCAUUGAGGCCGGAGAUGAACAUUCGGUUGUGGGUAGCUUCGUCCAGAAGUCGCAGACCGGAUGGAACUUGCAAUACUCUGCCGAUGAGAAGCUGUGCGCUCGCACCGUCACCAAUGAGGUCCAGUUCUACCAGAGUGACAAUCUGUCCACUGUCUGGAACAAGUUGCGUGUGGAGGGUGUGUCGGACUUUGCACUUUCGCCUGGUCAGACUCAGUCGAUUGCAGUGUUCAUUCCUGAGCGCAAGGGUCAGCCUGCCCAGGUCAAGGUGUUCAUUGUGCCUCAAUUCUCUGCGCCUGUCUCCCAGAAGAGCUUCUUCAAGGGUGACAAGGUUCAGCUGAAGUGGAACGCCUCCGGAACUACCUUGAUUGUUCUUGCGCAGACUGAGGUUGACCGUACUGGCAAGAGUUACUACGGCGAGACCACUCUAUACUUGCUGAGCGCCAGCGGUGCAUUCGACUCGCGUAUUGACCUCGAUAAGGAAGGACCUAUCCACGACGUUAGCUGGAACCCCAACUCGAAGGAGUUUGGUGUUGUAUACGGCUACAUGCCUGCUAAGACCACCAUCUUCAACUUCCGUGGUGUUCCCAAGCACAACUUCCCCCUCGCCCCCCGAAACACCAUCCAGUUCUCCCCGCACGGUCGAUUUGUGCUGGUCGCCGGUUUCGGUAACUUGGCUGGACAGAUGGAUCUCUACGACAUGGACAAGAACUACCACAAGAUCACCACUGUCGAAGCUUCCAACGCCAGCGUGUGUGCCUGGUCGCCCGAUGGACAGUACAUUCUGACUGCGACUACCAGCCCCCGUCUGCGUGUCGACAACGGUGUGCGCAUCUGGCACCUGAGCGGUGGACUCAUGUACAACGAAGAAAUGACCGAGCUCUACGACGUCACCUGGCACCCACAGAGCAUCGAGCAGCACCCGCUGGGUGAGCCGCUCACCAAGCUUCCCACCCCCCACCCCUCUGCGACAGCCUACAUGGGCACCCGCAAGGCUCCUGUCAAGCCAGCCGGCGCCUACCGUCCCCCCGGUGCGCGUGGUCAGCUUACUCCCCUCGCUUUCAAGCGUGAGGAUGAAGGUGGUGCCGCUUUCGUUCGUGAUGGCGUUCCUGGCGCUAGCAUGAACGGCUUCGGCAAGCCCCGUCGUCGUGAGAUCCCCGGUGCUGAGCCCACUGAGGAGUACCUGCCUCCUGGAGCCGCUCCCGGUGGUGGCGUCGCCCUGCCUUCGGAGAAUCUGUCCAAGUCUGCCGCCAAGAACAAGAAGAAGCGCGAGGCGGCCAAGAAGUCUAAGGAGGAUGGUGAGAACGCUCCCCCUGCCAAUGCGCCCACUGGUCCUAGCCCAGACCGCAGCCGCAGUCGAGGCAAGAACACCCCCAACGGCAACGGUGCUGCUAAGUCCACUCCCGCCCCUGCUCCUGCUCCCGCUCCCGUCCCCGCCGCUCCCGUCGAGGACCCUUCUGCUCAAGACAAGAAGAUUCGUGGUCUUCUUAAGAAGAUCCGUGCCAUUGAUGAGCUCAAGAUGCGCCUUGCCGGUGGUGAGAAGCUGGAGGAUACGCAGAUGAAGAAGAUCCAGACCGAGGAUGCAGUGCGCAAAGACCUGUCCGCUGUUGGAUAUGAGGGCUAA